AUGAAGACGGCCUUCCAGAGCUCGAAGAAAUCGUCGCUCCUGGCGACGAAGACCACUGCCGACAAGCUCCGGGUCACUGGCCUCCUCGCAGGACUUACAAUCCUGGUUUGUGUGGCGGACUAUGGCCUUGCGGAGAUGGGCGGCGAAAAGGCGAUUCCCUCCGGUGGUCGCUCUUUCAUCGUCGAAACCGCAACUGUGCUGGUUUGCAUGCUGCUGCCAGCUGCAUUCAUGCACCUCUCCAAGGCCGCCUUCGCAAGCGGCAGAGACAGCCCAAGCCGACGCGGGAAGAUCGGCUCUGGCGAAGAGCUGAGCAAGCUGUCGAAGUCUGACCAGGCUCAGGCCUCCAGCCCUUCAGAGCUCAGGGAGUUUUCGGCGGAGACGCCAAAAGAUCACCUUGCAAGCAGUGCGAAGAAUAUGUCGCAAGCUGUGGCUGCGGCUGUUCGAACUAGUGACCGCGGACGGGCUGAACGUCUGCUGGGUGAGAUCAUCAAGCACAAGCUGCCAGUGGACACCAUGCCGUUCAACUCUGUCAUUCAUGCCUGUGCUAAAACCGGCGACAUGGCUGGGGCGCGCCGCUGGCUGCGCCACAUGCGUGCUGCGGGUGUUGAGCCAAAUACCAUCAGCUACAACAUCUUGAUGGAUGCAGCUGCCAAGGCUGAUGAUGCAGAAGAUGCGGAGCACUGGUUGGCAGAGAUGCUUAAAGAUGGCGUGACUGCCAACGAGGUGAGCUAUGCAACUGUCAUUCAUGCUCGAGCAAAGCGCGGCGAAACGGAGCUCGCCGAGUACUGGCUGUCGAAAAUGCUGGACGCUGGUGUUGAGCCCAACAUAGUCAGCUACAACUCCUUGAUCUACGCAUGUGGGCGCAAAGGUGAUGCGAGCAGUGCCGAGCGCUGGCUGCGGGAAGCCGAGCAGCGUGGUCUCUCCCCUCGGGUCACGACCUACACUGCAGUGGUUGACGCGUGCGCAAAGAGUGGGGAUGUUGACCGCGCAGAGAAAUGGAUGGAGAAGAUGAAGGAGGCCAAGGUGGAGCCUAACGUUGUCAGCUACUCUGCCAUGAUUGAUGCCUGUGCAAAAGUCGGCGAUGCAGUGCGUGCCCAGCGCUGGCAUCAGCGCAUGCGGAAUGCUGGCGUGCAGCCGAAUGCCCACAGCUUCAGCGCCGUGAUCAACGCAUGUGCGAAGAGCGGAAACCUGGUGGCCGCUUGCGAGGAGUUUGACCGAAUGGAACAGGCUGGGGUUGUGGCGGACGUCGUGGUCUACAGCGGUCUUCUGGAUGCCUGUGCCAAAGCCGGCGAUUUGGUUCGCGCCAAGGAAGUCUUCGCCAGGAUGAAGGCUGCCGGCGUAAAGCCGAACGUUGUGGCUUAUGCAUCUCUAGCGCGACCUUUCGCGCACAGGGGUGAGUGGCAAGAGGUAGAGAGCUUUGCGACUGACAUGCAGCAGGCCGGACUUGAGAUGAAUGAGUACUUUCUCUAUGCCCAGCUUCUGGCCUAUGCCAGCGCCCGGCCUCGCCAGACAGAUCGGGCGGAAGCGACCUUUCGGAAAGCCUACGCUAAGGGCCUUGAGGCCAACAAGCAUGUGCUGACAGCCCUCGGACGCGCAGUUGGUCGCGGCAAAGCAUCACAGAUUGUCAGAGACCUUGGCAUCUCCAGCUGCUUUGAGCCAGACGGACGCGGCAGAUGA